CUGCAAGUGCAAGGGGGAGGGAGAGAGAAGGGAGAGAAGGGGAAAGUCGCUUAUGCGUGGCACGAGUGUCGACAACAAACAACUUAAUGUUAUGCAAUUAUUAAUUUUUUUAAAAUAUAUACAUUUCACAAUUUGACGUAUAUAUCUUUUUUUUUUUUAUCAGAAGGCGUGUUAUUUUUGAAGUUUUUUGUUUUUGUUUUAGAUAUUGUAAUAUUGGGCCACAUAUCAGCCAUAGGGAACAUCUUGUGGAGAAUUUAACGUAAGCACCGUACAUACAUCGAAGAGGAAAGAAGAAUUUCUUUUGAUAGAGGUUUUUAGGCGUGGAAAGUGCGUGAAGCAGCAGCCACACUGCUCCGGCCUGUGCUGUUUUGAGAAGCCAGGAGCUGGAGUUUGAAGGUGCAGAAGAUUCGUUAUGGCGGUAAACUUGGACAAGGAAGCGUACUACCGCCGAAUCAAGCGUUUAUAUGGCAAUUGGAAGAAAGGAGAAGAUGAAUUUGGAAAGGUGGAUGCCAUGGUGGUCUCGGUGGGGGUGGACGAGGAGAUCGUAUACGCCAAAUCCACUGCCCUGCAGACUUGGCUGUUUGGCUACGAGUUAACCGACACCAUCAUGGUCUUCUGUGAGUCUAAGAUCAUAUUCCUGGCCAGCAAGAAGAAGGUGGAGUUUCUUAAGCAGGUGGCUGUCACCAAGGGCAGUGAGAAUGCCAACGGGGUGCCCCCAAUCACACUGCUUGUCAGGGAAAAGAACGAGAGCAACAAGGCCAACUUUGAGAAGAUGAUGGAGGCGAUCCGGGCCAGUAAGGAGGGCAAGGCCGUUGGUGUGUUCAGUAAAGACAAGUUCCCUGGGGAAUACAUGAAGAGUUGGAACGACAUGAUCACUGCCGAGGGCUUGGAGAAGGUGGACAUCAGUGCAGUGGUGGCAUACACCAUGGCUGUGAAGGAAGACGGGGAACUGUCUCUGAUGAAGAAAGCGGCCUCCAUCACCAGCGAGGUCUACUCCAAGUUCUUCAAGGAGAGGGUCAUGGAGAUCGUGGACGCCGACGAGAAGGUGCGCCACAGUAAGCUGGCCGAGUCCGUGGAGAAGUCCAUCGAGGAGAAGAAGUACCUGGGGGGGGCGGACCCGUCCACAGUGGAGAUGUGCUACCCUCCCAUCAUACAGAGCGGGGGCAACUACAGCCUCAAGUUCAGCGUGGUCAGCGAUAAGAACCACAUGCACUUCGGGGCCAUCACGUGUGCCAUGGGCAUCCGCUACAAGUCGUACUGCUCCAACCUGGUGCGGACCCUGAUGGUGGACCCGUCCCAGGAGAUGCAGGACAACUACAACUUCCUGCUGCAGGUGGAGGAGGAGCUGCUCAAAGAGCUCAAACACGGUGUGAAGAUCUGUGAUGCGUAUAACGCUGUGCUGGACUACGUCAAAAAGGAGAAACCUGACCUGGCCCCCAAGCUCACCAAGAACCUAGGGUUUGCCAUGGGGAUUGAGUUUAGAGAGGGAUCCUUGGUCCUGAACAGCAAGAAUCAGUACAAACUGAAGAAAGGCAUGGUACUAAGCAUCAGCCUGGGCUUUGCUGACCUGGUGAACAAGGAGUGGAAGAAAGAGGAGCAGAAGAAGUACGCCCUGUUCAUAGGCGACUCUGUACAGAUCAAUGAGGAGGAUCCCGCCACCGUUCUCACGCCGGUCAAGAAGAAGAUCAAGAACGUUGGGAUCUUCCUAAAGAAUGAUGAGGAGGAGGACGAGGAGGAAGAAGCUGAUGAUGCAGAGGAGCUGCUGGGAAAGGGAGCGCGUGGUCAGGCUUUACUCCAGGACAGAACCAGGAACGAGAUGACGGCAGAGGAGAAGAGGCGGGCUCACCAGAAGGAGCUGGCCAAUCAGGUGAACGAGGAGGCUAAGAGGCGCUUGACAGAGCAGAAGGGAGAACAGCAGGUCCAGAAGUCCAGAAAGUCCAAUGUCUCCUACAAGAACGUUUCCCAGAUGCCUCGAGAGAAAGACAUUCGAGACAUGAAGAUCUUCAUCGAUAAGAAAUACGAGACGGUCGUCAUGCCCGUCUUCGGCAUCGCCACCCCUUUCCACAUUGCUACCAUCAAGAACAUCAGCAUGUCCGUUGAGGGAGACUACACGUACCUGAGAAUCAACUUCUACGUACCAGGCAGCUCUCUGGGCCGCAACGAGGGCAACAUCUUCCCCAACCCGGACGCAACCUUUGUCAAAGAAAUUACGUACCGGGCGUCGAACCUCAAGGCGCCGGGCGAGCCGACGGUCCCGUCCACCAACCUCCAGAACGCCUUCCGCAUCAUCAAGGAGGUCCAGAAGCGCUACAAGACCCGGGAGGCCGAGGAGAAGGAGAAGGAGGGCAUCGUCAAGCAGGACUCGCUGGUCAUCAACUUGAACCGCUCCAACCCCAAACUCAAAGACCUCUACAUCCGGCCCAACAUCGCCCAGAAGAGGAUGCAAGGAUCGCUGGAGGCCCACACCAACGGUUUCCGUUUCACGUCGGUCCGCGGGGACAAAGUGGACAUCCUCUACAACAACAUCAAACACUCCAUCUUCCAGCCCUGCGACGGAGAGAUGAUCAUCGUACUGCACUUCCAUCUCAAGAACGCUAUCAUGUUCGGGAAGAAGCGCCACACGGAUGUCCAGUUCUACACGGAGGUGGGCGAGAUCACCACAGACCUGGGCAAGCACCAGCACAUGCACGACCGCGACGACCUGUACGCCGAGCAGAUGGAGCGCGAGAUGAGACACAAGCUCAAGUCGGCCUUCAAGAACUUCAUCGAGAAGGUGGAGACCCUGACCAAGGAGGAGCUGGAGUUCGAAGUUCCCUUCCGAGACCUCGGGUUCCAGGGCGCCCCCUACAGGAGUACCUGUCUGCUGCAGCCCACCUCCAGCGCUCUAUGUAACACCACUGAGUGGCCUCCGUUCGUGGUGACCCUGGAUGAGGUGGAACUGGUCCAUUUUGAGCGCGUUCAGUUCCACCUGAAGAACUUUGAUGUGGUCAUCGUCUACAAGGACUACAGCAAGAAGGUCACCAUGAUCAACGCCGUGCCAGUCAACUCGCUGGACCCCAUCAAGGAGUGGCUCAAUUCCUGUGAUAUCAAGUAUACAGAGGGUGUCCAGUCUCUGAACUGGACGAAGAUCAUGAAGACCAUAGUGGACGAUCCGGAGGGCUUCUUUGAGCAGGGAGGCUGGUCCUUCUUGGACCCAGAGAGCGAGGGAGAGGGAGCAGAUGACGACUCAGAAUCUGAGGCCGAAGACGAGACGUUCAACCCCUCGGCAGACGAGAGCGAGGCCGAGGAGGAAGACAGCGAUGAAGAUUAUGACUCAGAGAGCGAGGACUCUGGUAAUGAUUACAGUGCAUCGCUGGGCAGUGAAGAAGAGAGCGGUAAAGACUGGGACGAGUUGGAAGAAGAGGCCAGGAAAGCGGACAAAGAGUCCCACUACGAAGACGCAGAGGAGACCUCGUCGUCCAACAGGAAGAGGAAGGGCCGCUCGUCAGCCCCGCCCCCCAGCAGCAAGAAGAAACGGCGCCACUGAAUGACGCCACCAGACAUUGUUCCACACACACACAUACACACACACACUGCCAAAACAUUGAUGAUUGAAUUCUCUUGUCACUCUCGUUCAUUUUCCUCCUCAUACAGACACACGCAUACAUCAACACACACAUAACCAUGUGUAAAUAGAGAAGGUAGCACACAUGCGUUUCUACUAGGCAGUACGUGUCGUGGUUGUAUGGACAUAUCAUACCUGCUGACUGACACAAACUCCAUCUAGCUUUUUUUUAUAUUCCUUCAAUAUUUCAUUCCUUUUUCCUUUCCUUUGGCAACUCUCUCACUCCCCUGUUUCAGGGGCCAGGUGUGUGUGUGUGUGUGUGUGUGUGUGUGGGUGUCUCUGUGUUGAGUUUUUUUUUUUUUAUUGCAAACUGUUGUUUUUCUGUUGUUUCUAAACCAAUAAAUAUAGUAAGCAGUGAUGAUGAUGGUGAAGAUGUAAUGUUGUACUGUUAAUUUCAGAAUCCUGAUGUUUUUGUAAUAAAUUAAAAGGAACUAGU